CACGUUCAUGAUCUGGAACUGGAAUUUCAUUCUGGAAAUAGUUCUGAUUUUCAACCAAUCAUAUGUCUUCUUUCGUCCGCCCACCCUUUAGUAAAACCAGUUAAGAAAACACCGAGGGAGACUCAAGUGCUGCUCUAGUAGCUACCUCUACGGGCUUUUCCGCGCUGUUACUGGACUCUCUGCUCAUGGCAACGGGUACCGACACGUUCCCUACACGCAGCAGUGCGCUGUGGCCGGCGCUGAACGACGAGGAGCUGUCCGUUUCUUCCUCCUCCACUUCGACGACCACGUCCACCAUCACUUCGACGCACCAGCAGCGACUGCUACUGCCCAACACCAGCAACGCGCAACUUAACGAACUGGCAGCGCUUUUAACGUCCACUGUUGCAACUUCUAGCGCUCCACAGACUUUCCUCGACGAUUUACUGCACGAUGAUGGGGAUUCACAGCACCAGACGCAGAAUUUCCAGCUCCACGAAGACGUCGCAGUGUCUAGUGCAAUGGCAGACGUCGGGGUGCUGAGUGAUGCAGCAUUCUUCUCACUCGGGGGAGUCCAAGCGACCACAACCUACUCGUCUUCGUCUUCCGGUUCUCCAUCGACGCCCUGCGCUGCGACCAACCCGUCUAGGUUACUACAGCUAGAAACCAACUACGAGAGGAAGAAGAAACGCGCGAAAAUCAACCGUAAAGACCUGAAUUCGAGGUUUCAAGAGCUGAUGGACAUUUUACACUUGAAGGAAGACCGCAAAUUGAACCGAGCCAAGAUUCUGGAGAAGACCAUUGAACAUAUUGAGAAGCUGACUGCGCAGGUGAAUGCACUUAAGGCCGGACAACAGUCACAGCCUCAAGGACUGCAACACAACUCUGCAAGGAAGACGCCCAUCCCGCUGCACCAUCCUCAGCUUCAUGGAAUGGCGAUGGGACAGCACAAUAUUGCCAGCUCAGUUCGUGGUCCAGGUGGUCCUCCCUUGCUGCCGUAUAACCCUUCGCAGAGCCACCCGUGGAACGCCGGGGCUAUUGGAACUAAUCUCCCGUUGACACCGAUGUUGUGGAUGCCUUGUCCUGUUGUUACGUCCACAGGAAUGACCCGGAAACGUGCUGCUCCUGAUCGGACUACCGACGCGUCUAAUCGGAAGCGUGGACGAGUUGAAAGUGUGGAAAGCGAGGCCACGACGAUCUCAGAACCAGUUUCAAGCUCGCUCGAGGCUGAAGUCAUAGAGGGCACUGCUACUAGUAGCUCGGUCUCUUCUGAGUCGUCUGUUUUCGAGUGGAGUGCUCAGGAGAUUCCUACGAUUCUGUCGUUCUGCGAUGCGUGGACUUUAGUGGCAGUGAUGCGUACAUCUCGCGAACUGAGGCGUGCAGCACAAAGCGACAAGCUGUGGACUGAACUUUGUCGUGCACGGUGGAGAUUUUCCCCACAGAUUGACAUUCCUCAGCCACUCGAGCAGUGGCAGAAGUUCCACGUAGCCAACCGUAUUCCAGAUUGCUCCAACUUCACGCGUGGUGGACAGUUAUUUGCUUCUGGUCGGACGAAGGGUGUUAGUGUGUGGGGCAUGCUUUCUCAUCGCUCAAACGGACACACGACAAGGACGGUCUUGGUGAACGGCAAAGCCGCAGUCAUGCAAGUCGUAGAGCUGUUCGUCGUGGUGCAAAGUAUGAGUCGCUCGCGAGUCCACGUGACCGACUGCAUCUCAGUUUCGGAAAAUGGUGAUACAAAUCAGUCCUUCCUGCCGUUCACGGCGACUUCGGGAGCACAUUUGAUGCCUACAGUGGUGGCUGUAAACUCUGAGCCGUAUGUUACCAAGGACUUGGCCGGAGUCGCUUUGCAGCAUGGAGAUCUGUGCGUCCUGAGUGUGUUUAUGGCAUGUCCUGGACUCGAGUUGGAAGAGCAGUUCUUGCAGAGAGCGGCCUGGCUGGACGUGCAGAUGAAGAUGGACUCGAGUGAUAAAGUUCUGGAGCGAGUGGAAUGUGUGAACGUUCGUGCCGCCUGCAACUUCGACAGAACUCGAGAGAAGAUGCUGACUGACCGUCAAGGCUAACGACCCCCCAGGACGAUUGGAUUCAAGUUACCAUCAUGUGAGAAAGUGGCUCAGAGUGAUGCAAGGCUCACCUUCCCGUACCCCUGCUUAGCAGCAGGGCUACAGCACGGCGUGGAUGAUAGCAUCCAACCUUGCUCUCCACCCCGUGCAUCACAUCCUUCGCCUCCCAAGCUCGCAAAUCCCAGUUGACGUAGCAACUCAAUUGCAGUGCUGGAUUCCUUGCUGGAGAGCGAUCGAUCAUUGCCCAAGCUGACCCUUGCCACCAAAGUUGCCACCACUACAAGUAAUACACCCAUCUUCCAUCACGUCA